AUUUUUCAUUGCCGCCCGAAAGUCGCCGUGGAGUAUCGCGAAAAAUCGCAUCUUUGCCGGGUCGUAAUCGUGUCCGCGCGCCGGAUAGCUUCCGAAACGGAUUAAUCUCCUGUGCGCCGCAUUCCGGAAGUAACCAGUGUGAAGUGGAGUGUCGAGUGCAACCCCGAAACGGUGGCCCCACGCGUGAAAUUUGCGAUCGGAAAAUUUGCCAAAAUUCGCAGCCUGCUGCUGCUGCUGAGCCACAAAAAUGGGCGCCUACUUAUCGGAACCGCUCACGACGAAGAACUCGUCGGACGAGGCCAACAAUUUUCUCGCGUCCGGUUCCAGCUCGAUGCAGGGCUGGAGAAUUAGCCAGGAGGAUGCCCACAACUGUAUCUUAACUUUCGACACCAAUACAUCCUUUUUCGCUGUGUACGAUGGACACGGCGGAUCGGAGGUGGCCCAGUACUGCAGCAUUCAUCUGCCCACGUUCCUGAAGAAGCUCUCCGCGUACAAGGCAAAGGACUUUGAGCAGGCGCUCAAGGAUGCCUUCAUCGGGUUUGAUGCGACCCUGCUGAGCGAUAAGGUCAUCGAGGAGCUGAAGAAACUCUCCGACAAAAGCAACGGAGAAGACGAAGCAAUAGAGGAGGACGAAGAGGAGGACGAGGACGACAACGUGGACGACCUGUGCAAGGAAGCCUGCAUGCCGUUGAACGAAGUUCUGCAGAUGUACAAGAAGGACAAGAAAAACCCAGCCAUCAGCAAACUCAAGGAAGGCAACAGCUCGAAGCCGGUGUCGCCGUUUUUGAAGGGCAAACGAAAAGAUUUGACGUCCGAUCCGGCGGAAGAAGCUGCCGCCGGGCCGAGCUCGAGCAACGCCGCUGGCUCGUCUUCAGCGGAAGCGGACGCUUCCAGCAGCAAAAAUGAGUCCACGCCGGACGCGGCCGACUCCACCGUCAGCAGCUCCAGCACUAAAACCAGCGAGUCUUCGGAGGUGCCAGAAUCGUCCACGGCUUCGGACGAGAAGAAGGCCGCCGACCAGAGCGAUGAAAUCAGCGACACCGCCGGGAAGGUCACGAAGCAGGAGUGCGCCCCGGACAGUUCGUCCAAGGCGGGUGAAGACGACAGCAAGGACUCGAAGCCGGUCGUGAACGGCGAUGCGGCCGAAUCGAAGGCCGUCUCUUCGUCAUCGUCUUCGGCUUCGGCAGCCCAGGAAAAUGGCGUCGGAUCGAGCAAUUCCGCCGCCGGAGGCAGCUCCGCUUCCGGUAGCGCCGUAGACAGCUCGUCGGCCGGAUCUUCAUCCGCCGCUGCCGCCACCACCCCGAAGGGACGCAAGGCAAAGAACGGCGCUGCGCUCGCCACCCCGGUGGACGACUCGGACGAUGACGACACCGAAACCGACGAAGAGUUCCCGCCGGUCGCGGACGCCAACGAAACGUCGAGCACCGAGGACGGCGAGGAGGAUCCGUACUGCGAGGAGGGCAGCGAAGAGGAAGAGGACGAAGACGAGGGCGAAGGGGACUACGACGAGGAAGACUACAUGAACGAAGAGGACGAAGCGUUCAUGAACAACAUCACGGACGAGCCCGGCAAGGACAGCGGCUGCACGGCGGUUGUGGCACUGCUGCACGAGAAGGACCUCUACGUGGCCAAUGCGGGUGACUCGCGCUGCGUCGUCUGCCGCAAUGGAAAGGCCCUGGAGAUGAGCUUCGACCACAAGCCGGAGGAUCAGAUAGAGUUCGACCGGAUACAGAAGGCGGGCGGUCGGGUCACGCUGGACGGGCGCGUCAACGGGGGUUUGAACCUGUCGCGUGCGAUCGGCGAUCACGGCUACAAAAUGAACAAGAAGCUGCCCCCGGAGGAGCAGAUGAUCUCGGCGCUGCCCGACAUCAAGAAGAUCACGAUCGGACCGGAGGACGAGUUCAUGGUGUUGGCCUGCGACGGCAUCUGGAACUUUAUGACCAGCGACGACGUGGUGGAGUUUGUCCAGGAGAGAAUCGCGGAUCCGACGAAAAAACUGUCGGAAAUCUGCGAAGAGAUGUUCGACUACUGCUUGGCGCCGCACACCAAGGGUGACGGCACCGGCUGCGACAACAUGACCGCCAUCAUCGUCAAGUUCCAGUCGAGUCUGACGGGGGGAGCGUCCCGGAAGCGUGCGGCCUCGCCCGAGCCGGAAACGACCGCGUCCGAGAGCGACUGCAAGAAGGUCAAAACGGAGGAGGCCAAAUCCAGCACCAACGGCGGCGCCAGUGACGAGAAGGAGGCGGCCGCGGCCGUGGCCACAAUCGCCGAACCUGCCGCGUCGGAAGAGGACGCGGCAGCGUCGUCUUCGACGUGAAUUCAUCGCUCGCAGUAAGUGGAAUCAUCAUUUUUCUUUUCUAAUUUAUCAUCCGACACACGUUGGCCCAGAAUCACCCCCGCGAUUUCAAGCAAACGGACACGUGCGUGCGUGAAGUUCGUUUUAAACUCAGUUUUCUUUUGACUAACGCGUUACACAUUUUAUGGAGUAAGUAAUUGUAGUACAUAAAAUCAAACAAACAAACAAACACAUUCAGAAACAAUUAACUACGUCAUUGCGUAUGGUCAGUAUUUCUUGGGGGAGAGUUGUUGUAAAAUUUUGAACCUUUGUUUUUAACGCUGGCAGCAGAAGAGAAGCGAUCAUGCUUUUAAAGUAGAACUCAAGAGAACAGUAAAAAAAUCCCUCUCUAUUGACUAUUGAGAAGCGUGUGAAAAAAGCUACACGAAAUUUAUUGAAUAAUUAUAUAAAGCAUCGUUAUUCAAAAGUAAAGCAAAACACACCCACAAAACAAAGUAAAAUCUGAUAACCAAUAGUCGUUUAAUGUGAAAAAAGGACAAAACUCGUUUCCAUUUGAUACAUAGUGUCACCUUACAAAAA